UGCGGAAAGGAGAGUCUGAUCCCCCCCUGCUCUUUCAUUGUGGACCCUUCCACCAUCUCACCUGCACAAUUUUCACUCGGCUCGGCUCGGCUCGGCUUUUACCGGACAGUACCAUGGGGAUGGUCCCACGUGAGCUCAGUGCAGCAACGAAGAGCCGCCAUGUGUGCAAGUGGAAGGGUUAGUUAAUUAGUGAGAUAGUUAGUUAUAGUUAGUGACUGCGUCGUGUACAAGUGCAUGGCCCACGCACGGAGUGGCACCGACCAUGCACAAGCCCCUCCGAACCUGGACCCUGUACCCUGUGUUCCUGUGUUUGGGCAUCAUCUACCUCAGACUAGGGGCCCUGUCCUCAGUGGUGGCUCUGGGCGCCAACAUCAUCUGCAACAAGAUUCCCGGCCUGGCACCACGUCAGCGAGCCAUCUGCCAGAGCCGCCCGGACGCCAUCAUUGUUGUGGGCGAAGGCGCCCAGAUGGGCAUCAAUGAGUGUCAGUAUCAGUUCCGCUACGGACGCUGGAAUUGUUCGGCACUGGGGGAAAGGACGGUCUUCGGUCAGGAGCUGCGUGUAGGCAGUCGGGAGGCGGCGUUCACCUACGCCAUCACGGCGGCGGGCGUGGCACACGCCAUCACGGCGGCGUGCAGCCAGGGCAACCUGAGCCAAUGCGGCUGCGACCGGGAGAAGCAGGGCUACUACAACCAGGAGGAGGGCUGGAAGUGGGGAGGCUGCUCGGCCGACAUCAAAUACGGCAUUGAGUUCUCCCGCCGCUUUGUCGACGCCCGGGAGAUUAAGAAGACGCCGCGUCGCCUGAUGAACCUGCACAACAACGAGGCAGGGAGAAAGGUCCUAGAAGAAAGGAUGAAGCUGGAGUGCAAGUGCCACGGCGUGUCGGGCUCCUGCACCACCAAGACGUGCUGGACGACGCUCCCCAAGUUCCGGGAGAUCGGCUACGUGCUAAAGGACAAGUACAACGAGGCCGUGCACGUGGAGGUGGUGCGGGCGAGCCGCCUGCGCCAGCCCACCCACCUGAAGGUGAAGCAGACUCAGGGCUACCGCAAGCCCAUGGACACGGACCUCGUCUACAUCGAGAGGUCGCCCAACUACUGCGAGGAGGACGCGGCCACGGGGAGCGUGGGCACGCGCGGCCGCCUCUGCAACCGCACCUCGCCGCACACGGACGGCUGCGACCUGAUGUGCUGCGGGCGGGGCUACAACACGCACCAGUAUACCAAAGUGUGGCAGUGCAACUGUAAGUUCCAGUGGUGCUGCUUCGUCAAGUGCAACACGUGCAGCGAGCGGACGGAGGUGUUUACCUGCAAGUAGGACACGAGAAAUGGGAGGGGCCCGGCCAGAGAUCUUUUUGUCCCGUCGAGAACCGGCUUCAAGCUCUUCACUGCACCGUUUUGCACAGAAGAAUCCAAACAAACACGAGACGGGGCACCAGAUGCCCCCGGACGCGAGGAUGUACGUCGUGAGACGAUGGCGCAUGAGUGGCAUCACGGGACGAUGGAGCACGAGUGACGUCUUUUUGUCGCAUUUCCACUACAAAUAAGAAAGGAGCGCUGGACUGGAGGUGGACAAACAACGCAUGUUGGACACGAAUGUUCUUAGCAAGGUGUACCAAAAAACUCUUGUUGCUGCCAACUGGAAUACGGUGGAGCUAAUGUUAGUCUUCCAGUCACACUGGAACUUGUUUGUUGUGAACACUGAAAAAUAAAAUGUUUAUUUAUGUAAUAGUAUCUUUAAAAAAAAACAAAGCACUAACGGGUAGAGAUGUCUUUUUUGUACUAAGUGUAAAGAAAGUACUUUAAGAACUCUUGACUGAAGCUGUAUGUCGUUAAGGCUCGUAGGUGCACACUUGGGCUUUGGUACUCUGGUCCGGACCAAAAAUGUACAAAAAAAUAUACUUGAUUUGCUGAGCGUUCACGGGGGUAUUUUUUUGUCAGAAGAAUAAAUUAAUUGCAGAGGUUAUUUUGAUAUCCAGUGUAACGUUUUGGGUGCCAGUACUCUCAAAACGAUGACUUCCGUCAAUGUUUUCUUGCCAAGUCGAAACUUUUUUCCGGUUUAUUUGGUGUGAACCCAAGGAGGGGACCAGGACCAUUGAAACCAGGGGUUUUGGUCAAAUGUGAACAUACGGACCAAAGAUAUGAAGCAAGCAGACAAAUACAUAAUAUAAUAAUAAUAUAAUAAUGUAUAAUGCCUUGGAAGUUACUUUUCGAAAAAGUAUAUUCUUAAAAAUCUAAGCUGGUAAAUAUAGCAGAAUAUAAAAAUUCAUUCAUUCAUUUUCUACCGCUUAUCCUCACGAGGGUUGCUGGAGCCUAUCCCAGCGGGGUACACCCCGGACUGGUGGCCAGCCAAUCACAGGGCACAUAUAGACAAACACAGAGAUGGCCGAGGGUGCAAUUGAACCCUGGUCUCCUAGCUAACCACUCGCCCUCCGUGCAGCCGAUAUAUUGUUAUAUGUUUGUAUAUUUAUUAGUUAUAACUUGGGAGUGGGUUUUCUCCGGGUACUGCGGUUUCCUCCCACAUUCCAAAAACACUAGACCGCCGUGCCGCCCAGAAUAUAAAAAUAACCUACAAAAUAAAAAGUAUACUAUAAUAUUUUAAAAGUAACAUAUUUUCUGGACUACAAGUCGCUCCAGAGUAUAAGUCGCAUUUUUUGCGGGUAAUUUAUUUGACAAACUACUUGACCAAAACAGACAUUAUGUCAGUAAGUCAAGUUGUAACAUUAAUAAAAGAAUAAAUAACAGGCUAAUAGGUGUAAGAUAUGCUAACAUUUAUUGUUAUUCAGCUACACCAAAAAUAAACAUGAACAGAAAAGGUAACAUAAACAGUUUUAAAUACAGUAACAGUUUUCUUUAUUAUCUAUUAUUAUCUUUAUUAAUUAUAUUUUCAUUUAUAAGUCGCUCUGGAGUAUAAGUUGCAGGAACAGCCAACCUUUGAAAAAAAGUGUGACUUAUAGUCCGGAAAAUAUGGUGUGUAUAUAUAUAUAUAUAUAUAUAUGUGUGUGUAUAUAUAUAUAUAUAUAUAUAUAUAUCGUCUUCAUCAUCUGUACCAAUAAUGAUAAAGAUCUGAUGUUGUGGAACUGAGCUAUUAACGUUUGUAGUUUAGUGGCAAAUUGUCAGAUUGAUCAUCAAAGUAUGUUGCCAAGCCCCGCCCACAUCUUAUGGAUGUCACAAUGUAACAUCGCCAGGCUGUCGGAUAAGCGGGAUUUUCAUUUUGGGCUCAUUUGGUCAAAUGACUUUAUUCGUUGACACACAUGACCCCUGAUUUUCGCCCCAAAAUUGACGCCUGAAACCAAAAUGGCUGACUUCAUCUUUGUUUUGUAACAUGGGUUCUAUCAGAAUUUUUUUUUUAAGGGAUUUUUUGGCCGAACCUGACGCACUUGCAUAUUUUGGUGAGUUUUCAUGCAUGUUAUGGCCCUCAAAAAUGCAAGUGAGGUCACAUAGUAAACAUCAUUUUAUUAUUGAGUCGGUGGUCGGGUCCUAAUAAUUACAAUGGUAAGAAAUAAUAAUACAGAUCAUUUUUCUCACAUGACAAAAUUGAUCGUUUUUGGUCCAAACCAGAGUAAUGAACGUCAACUGUGAAUGCAGCCUAACUCCCCACCCCACCCCACCCCUUUUAAUUAAU